UUUGACACUUUUGACAAUUAAAUCAAAACAAACUAACCUCAAUUUUUUCGCUUACUUUACGUUCAAAAUGGUAAGUAAAUAUCGGUGAAAUUAAAUGAAAUUUUCAACUAAUAAUUAUAAUAUCUUGCAGCUGUUUUAUUCCUUCUUCAAGUCCCUCGUUGGGAAAGAUGUAGUUGUAGAACUUAAAAACGAUCUGAGCAUUUGUGGUACAUUACAUUCCGUAGACCAAUAUUUAAAUAUAAAAUUAACGGAUAUAAGCGUAACAGACACCGAGAAGUAUCCUCACAUGCUUUCAGUUAAAAAUUGCUUCAUAAGAGGCUCAGUCGUGAGAUAUGUUCAAUUACCAGCUGACGAAGUGGACACGCAACUGUUACAAGAUGCCGCUCGAAAGGAAUCAUCGGCCCCUACGAGAUAAAUUCAAUUUUUGUUCCAGUAAGUCAAUAAAUAUUAAGUAUU